AGGACAGAGGGACCAGGGACACACACGUUUUUAAAAACCAAUAAACACAGGGAGAGAAUGCAACAAAAACGCCCCGUGAAGACAGACGAUGUCCAGGCCUGAAUUGGAGAAGUUUGCUGGGACUGUCACAGUUUAAGUGCAGGGGUUGCAACAAAAGCGAGAGAACAGAAAAGAACAGAAAAGCGCAGCCCCACAUGGAAAUCAUUUGAAUUGACAAGUCGACCGCGCUUUGAGGGGAAAAAAAGGCAUUAAAUGUUUCUAAAAUACUUGCUCCCACCGUCCUGACAACAUGCGCUGCGGGCUUCACGCGUCUGGACAAAGAGCGUCUCCCAUUCACUGCUUCUUCAUCGCGCUGCUGAUGGUCCUGGAAAACUGCAAAACGCUGGGAUUGUCGCACGAACCAGAGAGAUCGCUGCAGGAGCUGCCUCAGUAUGAAGUGGUUCACCCCACCAGAGUGGAUGCCAGAGGUCACUUCCUGUCCAACUUCCUGUCUCACCACGCUCGCCGCGUUCAGCGCCGGGAAGCCGCAGAGGAACCGGCGGACCUCGACCGGGUCUUCUACCAGUUCUGGCACGGCGGCCACGUCUUGCACUUUAACCUCACCCUGAAUCCACACCUGCUGGCUCCGGGCUUCCUGACGGAGAGGAGGUACGGCGGCCUGGACCGAGCCCAGAUCCGUUCCCCAGGAUCCUCCCAGUGCCAUUUCUUAGGAGAAGUGUGGGAUGAGGCCGCCGUUCAAGGCAGCGCAGCGAUAAGUGCCUGUGACGGACUGACGGGACUGUUCAAGCUGUCAAAUGAGGAGUUCUUCAUUCAGCCUCUGGAGAAGCAGAGCGACGACACCUCGGCUCCGCAGGCUCACGCCAUCUACAAACGCCACGCGUCUCCUCCCUCCAGGACUCCAGUCGCACUGCCCAUCUCAGGGAAACAAGCUCGCAACGGUACCUGCGGAAUCAAAAACUCCCACCCAAGCUUAGAAGACAUCGAGCGGCAGCGGGAGCGAUGGGAGCUCCGGCAGCAGAGAAAAAGGAGGAGGAUUCGUCAGCGCUCCGUCAGCAAAGAGAAGUGGGUGGAAACGCUGGUGGUGGCCGACCCCAAAAUGGUCGACUAUCACGGCAGCAAAGCUGUGGAAAGCUACGUCCUGGCUGUCAUGAACAUUGUGGCCGGGCUGUACAGAGAUGCCAGUAUUGGAAACGCUGUCAACAUUGUGGUUGUUCGACUGAUCCUACUGGAGCAGGACGAGGAUGACUUAAAAAUUACACACCACGCUGACAACAGCCUGAACAGCUUCUGUAAGUGGCAGAAGAAGCUGAACAUGAAGGGAGACGAGCACCCGCUGCACCAUGACGUGGCUGUGCUGCUCACCAGGAAGGACAUCUGUGCAGCCAUCAACAUGCCAUGUGAGACUCUGGGUUUGUCCCAUGUGGCUGGGAUGUGUCAGCCGCAUCGCAGUUGCAGCAUUAGUGAAGACACCGGCCUCCCACUGGCCUUCACUGUGGCACACGAGCUGGGACACAACUUUGGGAUUCAGCAUGAUGGCAACGGUAAUGACUGUGAACCCAUUGGGAAACGACCUUUCGUCAUGUCUCCACAGCUCCUGUACGGCACCUCCCUGCCCAGGUGGUCGCGCUGCAGUCGCCAGUAUAUCACCCGCUUCCUAGAUCGCGGCUGGGGCUGGUGCCUGGACGAUGCUCCGGGGAAGGACCGCUUGUCUCUGUCUACGGUGCUUCCCGGGGUUCUGUACAGCGCUGUCCAUCAGUGUCAGCUGCAGUAUGGAUCUGGGUCAGUGCUCUGCGAUGAAAUGGAUAAUGUCUGCAGCACUUUGUGGUGCACCGUGGGAACAACCUGCCACUCAAAGCUGGACGGAGCUGUGGAUGGAACGAGCUGCGGUGAGGACAAGUGGUGUUUCAGUGGGGAGUGCGUCGCAGUUGGACAGCAGCCUGAGGUGGUGAACGGCGGCUGGGCGUCCUGGGGCGAGUGGUCGGCCUGCUCCAGGACCUGUGGGGCUGGAGUCCAGAGUGCCGAAAGAGACUGCGACAACCCCGUUCCAAAGUACAGAGGGAAGUAUUGUCUGGGGGAGCGACGGAGGUAUAAGAUCUGUAACACGGCACCAUGUCCUGAGGAGCUGCCCAGCUUCAGAAACAUCCAGUGCAGCCACUUCAACACGCUGCCAUACAAGGGCCAGUUCUACAAGUGGGAAUCAGUCAUCAACAGAGUCGACCCCUGUGAGCUGCACUGCCGUCCUCUGAACGAACACUUCUCUGAGAAGAUGCGGGACGCCGUAACCGACGGGACGCCGUGCUACGAAGGCAGCAAAAGCCGAGAUAUGUGCAUCAAUGGCAUCUGUAAGAAUAUCGGCUGUGAUUACGUGAUCGACUCCAGCGCUGUGGAGGAUCGCUGUGGGGUCUGUCACGGGAACGGGUCCACCUGUACGACUGUGAAGAGAACGUUUGAAGAGAGUGAAGGACUCGGGUAUGUAGACAUCGGGCUGAUCCCAGAGGGAGCCAGGGACAUUCGGAUCGAGGAAAUGGCCGAAGCUGGGAACUUCUUGGCGUUACGAGGCGACAACCCCAACAGGUACUUUCUGAACGGUGGCUGGACGAUUCAGUGGAACGGAGAGUACAAGGCUGCCGGGACAGUGUUCACCUACGAGAGGACGGGACACCUGGAGAACCUGACGUCACCUGGACCCACCAUGGAGCCGCUGUGGAUUCAGCUUCUCUUUCAGGAGACCAAUCCAGGAGUGCGGUACGAGUACACCAUCAGUCAAAAUGUGUCAGAGGACAACAACAUCCCGGCGUCGGUUUUCUCGUGGAAAUAUGGUUCAUGGACUGAAUGCAGCGUUACCUGUGGAGCAGGUGUUCAGAGGCAGAUUGUUCACUGUGUGGAAAAGACAACUGGGAUAGUUGAGGAGCACUUAUGCGACCCUUUAACCCGACCUGACGAUAACCAAACCAGCUGUGACAGGGAUCCUUGUCCGGCCAUAUGGUGGGUCGGGGAGUGGCAGAAGUGCUCGGCGAGCUGUGGGAGCUCGGGCCUGGCUAAAAGGACGGUUCUCUGCAUCCAAGCGGUGAGUGUGGAGGAGCAGGAAGCCCUGGAGCCCAGUGACUGCAAACACAUCCCCAAACCUGAGUCACUGUCCUCCUGCAACACUCACAUCCCCUGUCCGGCCGACUGGACCACCGGCAGCUGGUCAAAGUGUUCACUGACUUGUGGAAGCGGAGUACGUCAUCGUAAUGUAACCUGCUCUAGAAACACAGGCAUCGACUGUGACCCCCACAAGAAACCUCUUGCCGUCGCUACCUGCUACGUCCAGGACUGUCCGCAAGUUGUGGAUAACUUCGGAGGUAUCGACUGGUCUGGCAGCGGCUGGUCCAGCAAGGAGGUGCUCAAUGAAAUCAAUCCCAUACCUGAAGUCAAACCUCCUCCCAAACACAGCGCCACCAGAGCCCAGCCGAGAGUUCACAACGACCUCAACAACAUCGUCGAGGGAGACUUUCACUACCACAAUAACAUUGAAAAUAUUGACAACUCUAAAGAAAACCGCAUUCAAGUGGACGAUUUUUACUACGACUACAACUUCAUCAACUUCCAUGAAGACUUGUCAGAUGACUUUGAGAGCGAUUUAGACGAUAGCUUUCCGCAGGAGAUCCAGCCAACCCCCAGUGUGAAACACAGUGCCUACGUGGAAACUACAGAAGCUCCCACAGCUCCCAUUUCUACAGCUUCACAGGCCACUUCCCACACACAGAAAACUGAAGAGCCACAGAACACAAAAGUGGACAAUGGGAAUGAGAGUAGAAAUGCAGCUACAAAAGAAACAAAUUCUGAAAUUGUGGAUGACUUUCUUUCUGAGGAUUAUCUCCUGCCCGUGUAUACCACUCGCUCACCAGCAUUGUCUGCAACCCAGCGAACUUCAAAAGACAGACAUGGCAAUCUGUGGAGGCCUGAAAACACGAGCACAAUGCCGGGUCUGGUUUUCUCCACAAAGCAGCCCACACAGGAUGUGAAAUGGGGGCAAUACGGGGAAGAGGCUGAAAAGGAUGUCAGUGUGACUCCAAAACAUGCUGCUAUUACUCCCAGUCAUCCCACAGCUCCCAGUACUAUUGUCUCUACAACAGUGAGUUCUCAGGGGACGAAUGAACAUCAUGAUUAUGAGUAUAUCUAUGCAGAUGAGGAAGACUUGGAGAGUCCAGAACCUUUAGGAUCUCCCACGCCAGAAACGAUAAUUCAGCUUCAGACUGAAAUCCAACUGGAUGAAAGUCCUUCGGAAAUACCUCAAACAACCAGCCAGUAUGCAAUAAUUCCAGUUUCCUUCACAGUGGAGGAUUUGGACACAGCUCAGACUAAUUCUAAUCCAAUACAUACCACUAGUGAGGGUAAUUUAUGGGAUAGUGACUUGGACCUCAGUGAAACCCCCCUUCCUGCCUCUGAGAACUCGACUCCUCUCCCCAUUCCCUUUCUGCUAAUCUCAGGUAACCAAGAGGCCUCUGAUGACUCCACAUCAUUAACUGGAACAGAAAUCAUACCUCCUACAAACCUGGAGGGAGCUACUCAGCCUUCUCCAGAUCAUUUCCUGACAGCUGCAACAGAACAGACGCCUGCUUCCACUGACACAACUGGAACUCGUCCUACGUCACAAACUCCACCGUUUGAUUUCGACUAUAAUGAGAUAGUGGUUCCUCCGAUGGUGAGGAGCCGCAUUAGCAGUGAUCCCGACACUUCGUACCAGCUUCCAACAAGCACAGCAUCCACUCCUCGACCCAUUAUAACGCCAGCACAGCACGUUGAAUCGCAAACACCUGCUGUGCCGUCUUUAUCAACCCACCCGCCUCUUCUGUGGUCACUUCUUGAGGAAACAUCUGUCCCAGCAUCGGCCUCCACACAAGUCUCGAGAGCUUCCUACUGGGUUGCUGGCAACUGGAGUGCUUGCUCCACCACCUGUGGUCUGGGAGCCAUCUGGAGAACUUUGGCUUGCAGCACUGGAUUAGACUCCGACUGUGAUCCAGCCAAGAGGCCUGCACCUGCUCAGAGGUGUUACCUGCGACCCUGCUCUACCUGGAAAGUUGGGGAAUGGAGUAAGUGUUCCAAGAGCUGCGAAGGCGGCAUCACAUUAAGAGAUGUCCAGUGUUUCGACCUGAGGGAUCAAAGGCCCCUGCGACCUUUCCACUGCAGAGCCAUGUCCUCGAGGCCGCAAACCCAAAUGCCAUGCAACCUUCAGCCAUGUCUCGAAUGGUACAGCUCCUCCUGGGGUCAGUGCUCUGAGGUGUGCGGAGGAGGCGAGCAGCAGCGCAUCGUCACCUGUCCAGAGGACGAUCGAUGUGACAGGGACCUUCAGCCGAGCAGCAUCCAGCCUUGUAACAUCCAGCCGUGUGCUCAGUGGCUCACUGGAUCCUGGGGACAGUGUUCAGCCUCUUGUGGUGGCGGAGUGCAGCAUCGGCUCAUCAAAUGUGUUGAUACUAAAGCUGAGACGGAUGAAGAAGUGGAUCAAGCUCAGUGUGACCACGAGCCGCCGCCUGAGAGCAGCAAGAAGUGUAACUUACAGGAGUGCGAGAGCGCCCCCCCUGGAGCAGUCUGCCUUCGCGAUCGACUCACGUUUCGUUUCUGUCAGACCCUCCGCUGGCUCGGUCGCUGCCACCUGCCCAACGUGCAGUCGCAGUGCUGCAGAACCUGCAGCCAGCGUUCCCGCUCCGGCAGCACGUCUCGCCACUGAGGUGCCGCUUAAAUGACCACUCGCAUCAACAGGAACACUGAUUGUACCACUGAGCGAUGAAGCAUAAAUCAUCAUUUAAAGCCAACGAUCUGAGCCCUCUCCUGAUUUCCUUCAAUCAUAAAUCAGUCAAGACUCUGCAUGUUUGUGCCGAUGGAGAAAAUGUGCAGAAAUGAUUUGGGAAUGUAACAAACAAAAGCAAAACAGUGAGAAUGUAAAUAUUUGUUUGCACUUUUUACACUACACAAUUUUGACUAGUUUUAUGCCUCAAGAUGUCUUUGUAGAAGCUAUUCGGGCGUUACCUAAGAUGGAAAGGCGUCCCAUCCAUGUAGCCAGCUUAAUGAUGUACUAUUACACUUGUAGACAAACCACUCAUUAACCGUUAUGGUUGGUACAAUGCUUUGUUUUUUUUUAUUGACAGCAAAAACUGUACAGGUUAAACCAGAAUAAUGAAGCAAAAAAAAAUAUGUGGUGCACAAA